AGCUAGCUGUGCGAUGCAAUCAUUUUGCGCUACGAACUACGUCCCCGCCUGGUGUACUUUAUGAAGUAAAAAUCAAGUAAAACAAUGAUUGUUCAGCUUUCAAUAUUUGCGAUUAUCGUCUACUUAUUACGGAGAUUUCAAAUUUUCAAGAAGAUGUUCAAGCCUGGAAGUCCUCUGUUUGCUGUCGGCUACAACCUUUACACCAAGACCAGAGUUGGGAACUAUCUGAACAGCAGAGACAUCGCCAAGAACAAAUUAGUGUUCCCUGAUGGCCAUUCUGUGGUGGAGCACACUGAAGUCGAAGGUGUGAUAAUUCUUCCUAUCCCGUAUCUGAAGGAUAACUAUGCAUACUUGGUCAUUGAGAAAGCAUCAAACAUCGCUGCUGUUAUAGAUCCUGGAGAUGCGGAAGCUGUGCAGAGGGUGAUUGAACAACAAAACGUGCAACUGACAGCUAUCCUGACAACCCAUAAGCAUUGGGAUCAUUCAGGAGGCAACCAGAAGCUCAAAUCUUUGCAUUCUAACCUUGCUGUGUAUGGUGGCGAGAGGGAUGGAGUGCCAGGAUGUAAUCAUAAACUUAAAGAUGGUGAUAGUUUCCAGAUUGGAGGCUUAAAGUUCACUGCACUAUUUACUCCUGGACACACUGUUGGUCACAUGGUCUAUCUACUUGACAGAUCAGAUAAGAAUUUACCUAACUCUCUUUUUACUGGAGAUAUUCUCUUCUUAGGCGGAAAUGGUCGAAUGUUUGAAGGUCCUCCCUCCCUUAUGCUAAGUAGUCUGGAUAAAAUCUGCCAGAUUCCUGAUGACACCCUCGUGUGGCCAGGUCAUGAAUAUGCAGUAGACAAUCUCCGUUUUGCACAUAACAUUGAUCCAGCAAAUGAGGAUGUAACGAGAAAACUAAAUUAUGUGGAGGAAAGGAGAAAGGAGAGAAGGAUUACAAGCCCAUCAACCCUUGGUGAGGAGAAGAGCUACAACCCUUUCUUGAGGACAUCACAAGACAGUAUCCUGCAGCAGGUCGACCCUGGACACCAGACCACGUCAAACAGACAAGCCUUGAGGGCCAAAGCACUGGCUUACCUCCGCAAGAACAAAGACUCUUUCAGUUACAAGCUAUAGCGCUCAUUAUUAACUUGGCAAGCCCAAGGUACAGUAUGUCUUAUAUGUUGCAGAGUAUAUAAAUUGAUUUGAAUUGUACUAUGGAAUCGUUAACAUAAGUUGACUCUAUAAUAUUUAUACGUAUAUGAACUUUUGCAACAUCCAUUUAUGAGGAUGACUCACAGAUAACUGGCCCCAUUCCUCAUUUGUCUUCUCAGAAUCAAGAGAAAAAUGGUGUCACAUUCUAAAUGGACGAGAAGACAAAGGAAGAUGUAACAACUAGUAAAUGUUUUCAUUUUGCCGAUCAGAUUGUCGCCAAUGCUUUUGAAUAGGCAAGCUCUUUUUUAAGCUUCUUUUCUUGAGCACACAACAGAAGUCAUUUUUCUUUGUAUUUAUGAAACAAUUAUUGAAAACUUAUGCUAUUACUAAUGUAACACUCUAAAAAUAAAUCAUGAAACAUUCGAUUCGAAUUCAGGCAAAGAAACAAGCUAGUGAGAGCACCAAACCAAUUUAAUUAAGAACUUAAAAGUACAUAUGUAAACUUUCUUUCAUAUGAUCAUAGUCCUCAUUAUGUCUUGGCUGUGUUAGUCUCUGCUGGCAAAUUUGGAAGCACUCCAAUGGGGUCGAGACAUUAAAGGAAAAGUCCACCCUAAUAUUUAGUUUGUUUUAAUAAAAUUGUCAUCGUUCACCUUUAAACCCAAAUUGGCAACAAUUUGACGUAUAAAAUCAACAUCAACAUAUAUGAGCAAUGCACAAUAAACAUACAAUCAAUAUUAAAAUGGCAAAGUAGCAAGAAACAGAAUAAGUUCAUACAUGUAGGUACAAACAAAAGUAUGUGUAUAGUGCAGAAAACCGGUAAAUAAGAUGAAUUGGCUAACAGACCACUCCAAAUUAAAAACAUCAGAACAAAUAUAAUGAUAGAUCUUCAAGCAUAGCAUAUGAAAAUACACCUGACAAGAAAUCAAUAUUAUGUACAUUGGAAAAUAUGACAAUUCAAAGAAAUAUAAUUUUGCAAAAAAAUAAUGGAAAAUAACAAUAGGAUGGGAGAGUGAACGAAUACCAAAUGAGAAGUGGCAUCCCCCGAGAAAUAUGAAACAGUUAGGCCCCAAACGACCCAACAAAAUAUCUACAAGGGGAAAAAAAACUGUGACCAUCUAUCACGACCUGUGGACUCGUCAUCGAAUGGCACCUUUGAGAGGAGAAAGAUAAAUCUAUUCUUGCUCAUUGUUGCUCCGAAGAUCGGGUGUCCAAUUCGGUCAUUGAAAAGCCGGUUCCUGUUGUGAUGGCUCAUGUUCUGUGGCAAAGCAGGGACCCAUAAGCGACCCAUUUCUCCCCCCCUCACCCCCUCCUGAGUGUAGAUCAGCCCGAUGAAAGCAGUUACUUCCACAUUAUCUGUAUCGUGGAGGUACGUAAUCUUGUUGUUGGAGAGCACAGAGGGAUCGAGACCUGCUCGGAAAGCUUGGAUUUUCUUGUUCGUAUGUUCAACCACCAUGUCCAGUAUGUCAUCGGUGAACAUAUCCACGCAUCUCCUGGGGAUGUCAGAUUUUGUGCACGUUGUUGACCCCUGGUGUACCAGUCAGGAUGUUUGCCAUGUUCUGGCGUCCUCUUUGGGUGCUGGGUUUGUUUUUCCAAGUUAGGGUCUUUUCUCGAUUGUCCCUUGAUUUCUUCUCCAACAAAACAGUAUGCUGCUUUACCUCAUCGGGCAGUUUCCAUUCCUCGUAGUUGGUGGGAUCAAGAGCGGUGUCAAUACAUACAUACAUACAUAUUAAUAUUUAUAUAGCGCCUUUACAUAAACAAGCUCAAAGCACUUUACAUUAGUGAAUAAAAAACAGAAUAAUAAUAUGCUCUCCAAGUGCAUUACACUCUAAAAAAUAACACAGCUCAUCUAUUUGUUUAUUUAUUUAUUUGAACAUAUUUCAUCAGGAUAACAAGAUCAGAAAGGACUAGUUUACAUCCUGGUCCUGAAUAAUAAAAGCUUACACUAAAACAUCAAAACAAAAUAUUCAUACAUAUAUAAUGAGAAUUGUUAAAAUACUCAUGAAGUCAUGAUAAAAAUAUUUAGUGACCAUAAUCUAGGUCGUCUACAUCGCCGUCAUCUAAUGCCUGCAGAAUCUCCAUCUCAAUGUCCAGGCUGGUGACAUCCUGUGUCUGUUAUGAAAGAAAAAAGAGAUUUGUUAUGGUAUUCAUCCAGGGCAAAUGGCAAAUGCCUUGAGACCAUGGUAUGCAUUGUCACUAAAAUCAAAUUUAUUAGAAAAAGAAGCUAAGUUGCAAAAUAUUACAAUGAUAUCCCUCAUUUUCAAGAGAGAAACAAUAUAACAACACAACCAUAAAGAAAAAAAAGAAAGAAUAGUUUGACUGAACUUACCUUUUCUUUUCUUUUUUCCUUGGGGGGUCCUACUACUAGAUGCCAUUUUGAUUCGUUAGAAGAAAUUCCAUUUGUCAUGUGAACUGUCAGAGAGUAUGAAUGCCACUGAACUGAAAGAUCCUAAGCCGUAUUGCACACAUAUUCGAUCCAAUAGGAUUUGCCGCUCUCUUUCUGGUUCGUGCAAAAAUCGGUGUGCAGCAGUUAUGGCAAGGAGGAUAUGAUUGAGAUGAAGUUCAUCAUCCAAAGCAGAUGUCCCAAUAACAAGGUCUUCACUAGAAACAGCCUCCUCCACCUAUAAAUAAACAAAUAGAGACAUAAAACAACCAUGAAAUAAAAAACACAUCACACAACACAAACCACAAAACCGGCUGCAAAAAAACUGUGCACUAAAAAAUCAUUUUAAAUCUAAAACACUAUGUUCCUUUACAAA